AUGGAGCAUCUUCCUUUUAUCGUUCUGGUGAACCUGAUGAUCACUGGGACCGAAAAUCCAGAAGCCGCUGUAGGAUUGAUUGAGCAUGUCAAGCUGUAUUUUGUAUACGGCCUACCCCUAAAUGAGGAGACAAAUAUGCCUCAGCGCCCAAUAUACCAGAUGUCGCACGGGUCUUCGUUUUUUAUUUACGCGCUGCUCCACGCCAAACGGAUUGAUGAACUCCAGAGACUCCUCCCCGUCUUCGGCCUGCUUCUCUUACACGGUGGAGAUCCACGAACAAGGUUCGGACUUAAGCUGUAUGAGUCAGGAAACCGGCGGCGGCUUGGGCACUUGAUUCGCCGCAAGGAUCUCUGCACGGACGCCAUACAAUUAAGCAUCAAAAAUGAAAUUGGAUGGCACGUCAUUCCCAUGCGUCGCAGGGCUGGGACACUGUCGCAACUUCGAGAGGAACUUGGCGAGAGCUUCACCCUCAGCCAGCUGCUGGAACAUCUGUUCCCAUUCGGGAAAGGGGCCAUCGUUUGCGAGAUGGCCAAAUGGCAUCUGACCCUCCCCGGGGAUCUCUCCGCGGCCGAGGUGGCUGAGAUGAGGCGCCAGCGGUUCGAAUCGAAGGUCGAGGAGCAACUGCUCACGCGAGAUGCAAUUAAGAAAUGUUUUGAGGGCAAGGAUAUUGAUUGA